AGCUCCGCCGCUGCGGUACGGCGAGGGGUUCCGCCUCCGCGCCGCGGGAGUCCGGGGGCUUUACCUCGCGCACCAAGGCGGCGCCCCCCGCUGGGUCGCCGCGCCGCCGCCGGCUGACGGCGGGCCGCUCCACGAGCCGCCUCGCGGCUCGCGCUUCGCCGCGCACGGCGGCGAGCUAGGAUCCCCGCUGCUCUUCGGGCGGCCAGUGUCGCUGCUGCGCGUGGCGUCGCCCGCGCUGGACACGGACAGCGAGGCGAGCAGCGACGGCAGCUCCGACGACGAGGGCGGCUGCGCCGGCCACGCCGCGGCGGAGCAGCGGCCCCGGCGGCGCGGCCGCCCAGAGCGCGCGGCCAGCCCGCAGGCCG